AUGGCGAAUCCAUUUACUAAGGUAUUAAGAAGUAAGAAAACUUUUAAAUUUGGGAUAAGUAGAGCUCAUCGGAGGUUACUCGUCGGCGAGACGUACAUGCCCAUUUGUGGGAUAGAUUCGUAUGAAGACGAUAUAUUUGGUUGUAUCACGGAUAUCGCAGAGAAAAACUCAAACACGAAAAGUGGGAUACUACAGAAGAAGCUCUUCGGCGAGUUUGAAGAGGACAACGAUACUUCAACCAGAGUUACUUACUUCUGCAACGGUAUAGCGAUGUGUCGCUACCUACAGGGUACCGCUAAUCCUAUCGGUUUGCCGGAUAAGCUUUGA